AUGCGCCGUUUAAAAAAAAAAAAGAAGAAGGAUAAAGAAAAAAAAGCUCGAAAAAAAUCUAGUAUCAGUGAACGCGAUACUGUUUUUUUUGAGCAGCAGAUUGUUGAUAAUAAUCGAAUACUUGCACGACUCCGUAGUCGUAAUGAAGUUCUUGAAGGUGAAGUUGAGACAUUAAAAAAUAAAUUAAGUCAAUUGGAAGAUGAUCGUUCUGAUGUAAUCGCGCAUUUAAAAAGAAUUUUACAUCAGAAAACUGAAGAGGCGCGUGAAUUAAGCGAACGACUUUUAGCUAUGGAAGAAUUACGCAAAGAAGAACAGAAUGAAUUUAAAUUAAAAGAAAAUACUAUGUUACAAGACUAUCAUAAUAUGGAAACUACUCUAAAUGCUGAAGUUAAAUUAGUUGCCGGAAAAUUAAAUGCAUUGGAGGAGUGGAGGAAUGCACGUGCUGAAUUGACGAUGAAAUUUGAGAUGCAGGAACAACAAAUGGCUGAACAAGAGCAGCGACAUGCUGAUACUCUUUACGAAGCUGAAAAAUCUUUGAUUAUUGGUAAAGCUAAGAUGCAAAAGGAAACGGAAGAACGUUUAAAUGAGCUGGCAUUAAAGUUCCAAGAAGCAACAAACCUCCGUAUUGCUGAUGCGACUCAUCGUGCAGUUCGUGAAAACAUUGCUCUGCAUUUAGAAUUGGAUAAAAUGUUGAAAGUUUGCCAAGAUCUGGAAGACAAAAUGCAGAGUUGCAAAGAAAAAGAAGAAAAUGCACGUCUACGUGCUUCGCUAUUUGAAAAGGAAGCAGAGAUUGCGCUGAAUAAAGUUCUGGAUAGGAAUAAAAUUAUAGAAUCAUUGCUGGAGGAUCAUUUGAGUGCCUCUAGAAUCAAGACCAAUAAUAUGCGCAUAAGAUCCCACGCCGCGAGCAAAGAGGAUCUUGUAAGAAGCUACGAAGAUCAGUAUCAAGAUAAUUUUAAGAAGAAAGAUAAGCUGGAGAAAAAUGUCACAGAAGCUGAGGAUUCCAGGACAAGUAUUUUGGAGCAAGCGCAGAUUGACAGCAGACGCAUGAAAAAACUUGAUGAACUUUUGGGAUCUGUUAGAAAAUUAAUUAGUGAUUUGGCGGUUAAAAUUAAAACCGUUGAUUGCAAAGUUUACUCAAUUUUUUUUUCUGCUCAAUCAUUUGAAGUACGCGCUUAUUUAAAUUUAAUAACCAAUUAA